AUCGAAGGCCCAUGAUACCAUCCAGGUGGCUUAAAUUUAUAAGAACGCAUGGUUUCGUUUUAUUCCCCCGCUUUAACAAACACUCACCACAAACACUCACCACCGCUCCGCAUUCCAAAAUGACUGCUGCUUGGCCCUGGUUACCUACUGAACUCGUCGAGCGCAUCGUCGGUGAUAUCUGGGACUCUUCACUUUCAACUGUUGAUCGUGACAAACUUUCUUCCACUCUCCCCCUGGUCAAUUCAACUUGGCUCGAUGCCUUCAUCCGAAUAUCAUCUCAGAACGUGCACAUAUCUUCCUCUGCUCAAGCUCAGCAGUUCUUGCGCAGUCUUAGGGAGGAGUUUGUCGCUAUUCCAAGAGCUAUCAAAAACUCCCCUGACUCACUGUGUCACUCGAUCACCUUUCGUAUUGAGAGUGGCGUAGGAGAGCACCCUGUACCCCAGAUUUUUCUCUACAGCCUUCAUAAUCCUAUGGGAGACACCCUCACAAGUCUCCUCUACAACGUCGACUCACUUGAUUAUCUACCUAAUCUUCGUCGCAUAUCCAUUGAAUACGUGGACUGGGGAUACGACGACCUCUUUGAUCAUCAUCGUUUGGCCGUCUUUCCCGACCAAGUAGAAGAGUUGGAUAUCAGUUGGACAUUCAACGGGCAAGCAUGCAACAGCCCCCACAAGAUGUUCAAGGGUCGUUACCUCCGUCACUCGUGCGGUCAUAUGAGCUUGCCAGGCGUAAAAAAGCUGAGACUUCAUGGGGCAUCUGCGCAGACAGUGAAAGAUCUUGUUUCCAUCUGUCCCAACUUAAAAGAGGUGGAGACGGAUCUGGCCGUUGGGCUUGAGAUACGAUCAUCGUUGCCCGCAACAGUUGACACACUUUGGUUUCGCAUCCUUCCUGGAGUCAUUAUCAGCGCCCGACAAUUCGACGAAUUGUAAAAAUAUCUCCUAUCGUGUAGACUGAAGCGGUUAUCCACAGGGGUAGUCUAUUAACUUAACUUUUCACCAUUAUAUUGUAUAUGUUUAAACUAUCUUAUAAUUAUUGCUUCCCUU